CGGGACUCGAUGCGGAAGUGCUCCGCCUCCCCGUGCCACAGCAGUCAAGAUGAGGACGUGGAACUGCCUGCCUAGAGUGAUGUUCAAUCAAUGGCUAUUUCAAAUCCUGUUAGCGAUUUUAUUAGGUAAUGUCCAUAAAGCGACGGCCUCUCCCGAGCCCGGAAAAUGGGAAAUUACCUUUGACAACACUUCAAGACCGUUGCUGUUGAAGAAAGCCAUGUAUAAAGACACGGACAUACAGUUAAAAGUUGUGGGUGUUGGCUGUCCGGAAAUGGUGACCUUCACCAUUCAGUGGUACUUAAAGUUCUACCCGUGUCAGAAUGAGUUAAGGAAUAUCGAGGAGAUGUAUGAUAGAGUACCUCUGACUCGUGGGAACAGCCUGGACCCCAACCCUCAGCGAGUGGGCGAGUACAUCGAACACAUACACACCGACCUGAUCUGUAACAAGGGCCAGAGCACCUUCGCCAUGCUCAAAAAAGCCAAGGCAGGGCCUCGCAAUCAAGCUCCCCCUGCGAUCAAUACCUCCCCAUAUGAGAACUACACCAGGUGGUUCACCGAAGAGAUUGUCAAUGUCAACAAAUCUGUGAAGCCCAAGGAUGACGUCAUCGCCAGCACAUGGAAGGACGGACCCUACCUACUGGUGGUCAGCAUUAAAUCCAACAAACCAGACGUCAAAUGGAACCUAACAGUGAACGUCAUCAUGAAAGGAUCCCAUGGCUUUAUAUCAGUCACCGAGUGGCCGCUCAUGAUUUUCUACAUGGUGAUGUGCAUCGCGUACAUCCUGUACGCGCUGCUGUGGUUCGCGUGGGCCGCCUGCUACUGGAAGGACCUUCUGCGCAUCCAGUUCUGGAUCGCCGGGGUCAUCUUCCUGGGCAUGGUGGAGAAGGCUGUGUUCUGCGCCGAGUACGAGAAUACCAACGCCGUCGGAUCGGCAUCUCAAGGCCUGCUGAUCUUUGCAGAGCUGCUCUCUUCCCUCAAGAGGACUCUGGCUCGCCUGCUGGUCAUCAUCGUGAGCCUGGGCUAUGGCAUCAUCAAGCCCCGCCUGGGGACGGUGAUGCACAGGGUGAUCGGGCUAGGCGUGCUGUACUUUGCCUUCGCUAGCAUCGAAGGAGUGCUCAGGAUCACUGGGGGCAUAGACAGCGGCACAGUAAUCAUAACCCUGAUUAUCCUGGCCGUGUUUGACUCCUGUUUCCUGUGGUUCAUAUUUGUCAGCCUGGCACAAACCAUCAAGACUCUGAAGCUGCGGCGGAACCCCGUGAAGCUGUCCCUCUACAGACACUUCACCAACACGCUCAUCUUCGCCGUCAUAGCUUCCAUUAUUUUCAUGGUGUGGACUACCAGGAAGUUCAGACUGGCAGAGUGUCAGUCGGACUGGAUGGAGCUGUGGGUAGAGGACGCCUUCUGGAGGUUCCUGUUCUCCAUCAUCCUGCUGGUCAUCAUGUUCCUAUGGCGACCAUCCGCCAACAACCAAAGGUACGCCUUCACCCCCCUGAUCGACGACUCAGACGAUGACGAGGAAGUGGAGUUCCUCGCAUCGACCAACCUCUCGGAGGGGAUAAAGUUGAGAGCGGCCAAGAACGAGACGAACGGCACGGCCAAGCCUGCGCCCGCCACCGCGGAGGAAGACCUGAAGUGGGUGGAGGAUAACAUUCCGAGCUCCCUUACAGACGUGGCUCUGCCAGUGCUGCUGGAUUCCGAUGAGGAGAUCAUGACCACCAAGUACGAGAUGUCCAAGAUGGAGUGAACUUGACAACUUUGCCCCCCACCCCCCCCCCCCAAACACACACACACACACACACCCCCAAGACCCCACCGCACCAGAAGGAGUUUCCAGCACAAGCGGUGGUCUGACGGGGGGGUCUCUCCGUCCCGUCAAGGGGGCUUUCCGCGUUCCUUCUCUGUUCUGUUUACCCGUGUUAAUGUGACACAGCGCCCCGUGAUUCCUCCUGGUUCUCCCGACGAGCCGACCGGCCCCUCCGGUUGGACUGGGGGGAGACCCGCGCUUCGUCCCAUCCAGGUGGGCUCACCUCACCUGCAGAGAUCACCUGGUUCCCUCUGCGUCGUGGCGUUCAGAGAGCCCAGAGGUGGGCUUCACGGUGAGCCUCUCCUCCGGCGUCGGGGAGACGGUAUCUCUGGGGCGGUCUUAUGUCCGAGACCCUGCGUCUCCCGCCGUCUUCUCUGCUGCGAUAGAUCGCCGCUCUGCCCCAGCAUUUGGAGCGGCAGCGGUCGUGUAUUAACAGAUUAAAUAUUUAUUUCUUUUGUUAUUUUUUAAUUUUUUUCCGCGUGUGUGAAUUUAUAUCUAAUCCAAGAGCGAGUAGUUGACCACAUGCAUGAUCUCUAGUAAAGGAUUAUAUGUAUUUGUUGAUUUGUUUGCACAGUUUUAUAUGGCGUCCUGUACAGUAAUGUAUGUGGUCGUAGGAACGGAUGCAGAGAUAAAUUGAAGUGGGUUGUGUACAGUGUUGGAGAUUAAAAUGGAGACAUGUAUGGAAUGGAUCUAGUGAUUUUUUUUUUAAGUGCUUUUUUGUAAUUAAUAUAUUGGCCCACAAACGCUUUAUAUCAAUAAAUUCUAUUGUUUCAUGUUGUUCAGGUUAAAGUAUAUUGCAGUUAACUUGAAAAGGGCUUGUUUGCAGAUUAAGAUGAAUAGAUAAUAAGACUGUUGCAUUAUAGCAAAGCAAAAUGGGGAGUAGCCAAGAUUCCUGAAGUACUCUUUUCAACCGAUUGAGAACAUACAACAUCUAACAGGCUAGUCUUAAACACACUUAAAGCGGAGCUUAUGUCAUUGUGGAGGGCUGUUGGGAAUACUCUUUCUUUUAUUUAUUUGUGUUUUCAAGUGUACUUAAUUGUGAGGGCCUUUUUAGUUUGAGUAAUGUUUACUCUAAAUCUAAAUGUAUGUGAAUGUGUGUUCCCCCUUUUGGUGGAUUAUUUGACUCGCGCCGUAAAAUGUAGUAAAUGAUGUCACCUUUUUUUUGAAAAAUUCUCUUUUCUUUUCUGGAAAAAAAUAAUCGCUGUGGUGGAUUCUUAAACGGUGCUCUCCCCGUCAUAUUAGUUCUGCGUUUGUGGCGGCCCGAUCCAGCAUCCCCCCCCCCCCCCGGCUGGCUCCUGGCUCUAUGCAACAGGUCCACGUUAUGGCACAAUGUCGUCACCAUGGUUUUACAAUGUAGUUAUUAAGAUUCCUGUGUUUUCUAUAAAUCUAAAUAUGUGAAGGAAACCUGGAAUAAUCGCGUUCAUGAUGGCAAAGUGCUACUUUCUUCUCCCCCCUCUCCCUCUGGGUUGAUGUGUGGCAGUCUGCCCUGGACGGGUGAUUAUUUGUACAGAUGGGCUUUGGCUCCAUCCCGCUCUUUCCAAGCUGCACAGGUGGAGAGGUGUUCGCGUUCUGGGACCUUUUUCUUUUCGGGGGGUUCUUGAAUUUUACGUGCGGUCGGGGACUCUCCCUUCUCUUCGUUUCUCUCCAGCUCGGACCCUCUCCGCAAACCAAAUUGUGUAAAGAGUCACAGGGGUCCCAUCUCUCUUACGUCUUCAAUAAAAUCUAUAUUUUUACUUAAA